AUAAUCGAAUGAAUCGUAAUAAACUCGUCACGUGUUUAUUUUUUCUUGUCCAAAAUAUCCUAUUUCCUUGUCGAAAACAAUUGUGAAAAUAUCAUCGACAAUAAAUACUACCGCCGGCCGAACUUGCUCGAACUUGACCUAACCUUACUUGCACACGUUAAGUUAAAGUUGCGUGUUGUGUUGUGUACCUAUGUAUAAGGAGCUGACGUUAUACCGUUUUGUGUAUGUGAGAUUCUGUGAUUUUGAUUUCUCAUUAGCAAGAUUGAAAGAAAAGUAAUUUUUCAAACCGUAAAUCAAACACAAAUCUGAUGGCUUGGAAUAUUCUCAGAUGUAUUAUUAGGUCAUCAAGGAAUACUUUCCAAAACAGCAAGGUUCAAACAGGAAAUGUUGUUCAAAAAUACUGUACAUAUCAAUAAAAUUGCUAGAUCAAUGUCAACAAUAGAUUCUAAGGAAAUUGAACAUUUUUCUACUUUCAAAAAUGACUGGUGGGAUAAAAACGGCCUACAUUCUGAUCUUCAUCUAUACGCUCCAAUUAGAGUAAAAUUUGUGAGGGAUGGAUUGGCGAAUGCUGGAAUGCAAAUAUUGAAUCCAGCUUUUCCACUGGAAGGCGUCAAGAUUGUAGAUGUUGGCUGUGGUGGAGGUAUAUUGACUGAGCGUCUAGCUCGAAUAGGAGCACAAGUGACUGGAAUAGAUCCAUCCGCAGAAUUAAUAAACGUUGCUAAUGAGCAUGCAAAAUUGGAUCCUGAUGUAGCGGAGCGAUUGAAUUACAUUUAUACAACAGUGGAAGACUUUUCCCGAAAGAAGGGCGAGUCAUACGAUGCUGCUGUAGUUUCUGAGGUUUUGGAGCAUGUAAACAAUCCGCAACUAUUUUUAAAGAAAUGCGUGAAAAUGAUAAAACCUGGUGGAUCAAUUUUUAUAACAACGGAAAACAGAACUCUAGCUGCUUGGUCUUUUAUUAUAGCGACAGAAUACAUUUUCAGAAGAAUACCUCUUGGUACUCACGAAUGGAAUAAAUUUAUCUCUCCCCAUGAAGUUCAACGUAUAUUGGACGAUUGUAACUGUAGAACAAGAUUAAUUCAUGGGAUGAAAAUGAAUCCAUUAUUAUCCCAUUCAAAACAAUGGACUUGGUCGUCGUGCACAGCAAUUUUUUAUGGGCUUCAUGCAAUCAAGCAAAAAGAAAUAGUCAUGUAGUUUUAAAAAAUUCAAUUCUAUUCUUAAACGCGUGAAUCAUAUUAUUGUUUGCCUCGUUAUAGUUGUAAUAAUCAUAAUUGAGAUGUUAAGGAUUCUUAUGCUUUUAGAAUUUACACAAAAAAUGUAUAAAUAAAGAGAAUGACAUUCCGUAAAGUAAAAUUGAAAUAAAAUUAAGUUUGAUGAAAUCAGUUUCAUUAAACUUUGUUUUUUGGUCAUUUUUGUUCUGGUUUUCUUACAAGUUUAGUCAUCGAUUGCUUAGAAACUAAAUAUUAUAACUCCUACUGAUUGUCUAUCGUUUGCAGUAUUCGUUUUACGACAAAACUUGCCAUCAAAAGAGUUUAUCUAUGUCAAUGCUUUUAUUUAUACAAUUUAUUUUCCAUAUUAAUAUUUUGAGCUAUGGAUACUGUUAAUUGAAAAUUGUAAAACAGGAUGAAUCGAUUAUUAUAACGAUAAUAUGAUAAACAAAACUGAUAUCUUUACUGCCUAUUGUACAAUCGAAUACACUUUCAGAUGUAUUCCUUUUGCUACUCAUUAAUGGAAUAAAUUUAUGGCUCUGUAUCAAGUUCAACAUAUGUUGAACAGUUGUAAAUUUUUAUUUUUGUUAAAUCUAGAAAAAAAAGUAUUUUGUUGUAAAGAUGAUAAUAUAAUAAGCUAUCACAAUUGUUUAUACAAGUGCUUUUGUGUUGCGAAUUUCUUUUUUCUUUUUUAGAUGGCUGCGCAGCAAAAAUUGAUCUACGGUAUAAAAUUUAAUGCACUGUCAAAACAAUAGUCUUGAUCUACUUCUAUAUUUUAUGAAAGAAAAAAAUCAUAUGUAUGUUCGACAUGUAACAUUUAACAAGUGCAAUUUCUAGUUAUAAAGUGCAAUAUAUUUUUUAAUAUUUAUACUAUAAAUAUAAUUGAUGUUAACGCUUUUUAUAUAACAGCCUAUAAACGCUUUUUAUGUAAAGGUCAAUAAACAUAUGUGUG